AUGAUCCAAGUUAAUGCCUGGGCAAUUGGACGUGAUCCUAAGUACUGGAAAGAUCCUGAAGAGUUCUUCCCUGAAAGAUUUGCGGAUGGCUCCCCUGACUUUAAGGGAAAAGAUUAUGAAUUCUUGCCAUUUGGAGCUGGUAGAAGAAUGUGCGUUGGGAUGAACUUGGGAACAAUAACAGUAGAAUUUGUGCUUGCAAAUCUCGUUUAUUGUUUUGAUUGGAAGUUGCCUGACGGGAUGCAGAAGGAAGAUAUCAACAUGGAAGAGCAAGCUGGUGUCAGUCUCACUGUCUCUAAGAAGACACCUCUCUGCCUUGUGCCCGUCAAAUACCUGCAGUGACUGCUAGAAGAAACCCAUUAGCUGAAUAGCAUAUUAACAGGAGCAUGUUCCCAUUACAAGGCGUAGAGCCUUGUACAUCGAGGACGCUAUAUUAAUAGGAGUAUGAUGUGUUGUUGGACGAGAAUAAAGAAAAAACCCAUCUUUGUUUCCCUGA